AUCCGAUGAGUACUAAAAGCAUGACACCGGACAAAUGAAAGCGUCUUUAAAUUUCCGACUUUGAGGAUUGAUAGAAAGAGGAAACACCAGAAGAAUAUAUAGUAGAAUCGCUUGUGGCAGAUUUCUUUUAAGCCAUGGCUGCAACAACACAAGGCAAUUGGAUCAAGCUGGAGGAAAAAGGGGCUGGACCUGGGGCAAGAAGCUCGCAUGCCAUCACUAUUGUAGGACAAAAGGUAUAUGCCUUUGGGGGUGAAUUUACACCUCGUGUCCCUGUCGACAACAAAUUAUACACGUUUGAUCUCAAUGACCAAGAAUGGUCCGUGGCAGACGCAGCUGGGGAUGUCCCUCCACCUCGUGUUGGUGUCACUAUGGCUACUAUAGGGGAAACAAUUUAUGUAUUUGGUGGCAGAGAUGCUGAACAUAAGGAGCUCAAUGAGCUCUAUUCUUUUGACACAACUACUAACAAAUGGACUUUAUUGUCUAGUGAGGAUGAGGGUCCUCCUCACCGAAGCUACCACUCGAUGACUUCUGAUGAUCGGAGGAUCUACGUCUUUGGUGGUUGUGGAAAUGCUGGAAGAUUAAGUGAUCUUUGGGCUUACGACGUCGUUGAUAAGAAAUGGAUCAAAUUCCCUGUGCCAGGGGAAAAUUGUAAACCAAGAGGUGGACCUGGUUUGACUGUGGUCCUAGGAAAAAUCUGGGUUGUGUAUGGAUUCUCUGGUGAUGAACUUGAUGAUGUGCAUUACUUUGAUAAAAUUGAAGAAAAGUGGGUGCAAGUGGAGACAAAUGGUGAAAAACCUACUGCUAGGAGUGUAUUUUCAACAGUUGGGAUUGGGAAGUACAUUUUUAUUUAUGGUGGGGAAAUUGACCCCAGUGACUUAGGUCACUUGGGUGCAGGGAAAUUUUCAGGUGAUGUCUAUGCACUUGACACGGAGACACUAGUUUGGAAGCGGUGGAUUGAUUCCGGUGACCAUCCGGGGCCACGAGGGUGGUGCGCCUUCGCCAGCGGCCGACGAGAUGGUCAAGAGGGGCUGCUAGUUUAUGGUGGCAAUUCACCUAGCAAUGAUAGGCUUGGUGGUAUUUUCUUUUUCACUCCUCUGGUGGAGACUUGAGUAGGAAUGAGAACUUGUGAAGUAAUGAAUGUUGUAAUAACAAAAUAAUCUUCAAGAUGAUAUUUGAGCUGUUAGCAUUGUGUGGGAAAAGGGGAAAGAAAAAUAUGUUGUGUGACUGUUUAUUGAUGCUUUUGUAAAGGUUUAUUGGGCUUCUUAAAUCAAAGGAUCCAUGUUGUGAAAAUUCUUACUCCAAUAUAGUCCUUAUGCAUGUCCAGAAUGAA